AUGGCUUCCGCAAACAAUGAACGUGUACUUAAAGAUGGUGGUAGUAGUAACAAGCCUCCUUUGUUUUCGGGUCAAUCUUUUGACUUUCGGAAAAUCCGUAUGAAGGCACAUUUAGAAGCACAAGGAAGUGACAUAUGGGAGGCGGUUCAAAAUGGUCAUUUUAUUCCUACAACGGUUGUCAACGGUGGUAGUUCAACAAAGCCACAAGGAUCAUGGGAUGAUGAUGAUAAGAAAAGGGUUCUCUAUGAUAAAAAGGUGAUUAAUAUUUUACAAAGUGCACUUGGAAUCGAUGAAUUCUUAUGCGUCUCAACAUGUACAACGACAAAGGAAAUAUGGGAUACUCUUGUAGAAACUCACGAAGGAACGGCCGAAGUCAAGAGAUCUAGAUUGAACACGUUAAGUCAAGAGUACGAGUUAUUCCGAAUGCAACCGGGAAAAUCAAUCCUCGACUUGCAAAAAAGAUUUGUGCAUUUGACAAAUCACUUGAAAGCACUUGGUAAGACAUUAACUAAUGAUGAACUUAAUCUUAAAGUGCUUAGGUCUUUAACAAGAGAAUGGCAACCCAAAGUGACGGCGAUUUCCGAAAAGAAAAGUUUAUCAACAAUGACAUCCGCUACUUUAUUCGGAAAGCUUCAAGAAUAUGAGACGGAACUUGGACUAUUAGAGAAACAUGAGGUCCAAGAGAAGAAAUCCAAGAGCAUUGCCUUAAAAGUUGAUUCCAAAGUUGUGAAGAAAGAAGACAAUCACGAAGAGGACGAAAACUUUAUGCUUCUUGUAAAAAGACUAGGAAAAUAUUUUGGUGCAGAAAAUAAUAUUGGAAACUCUAGUUACACAAGAAGAAAGAAGUUCUCAAAGAACAAAGAAAGAGAAGCAUCAACAUCCAAUGAAGACAUUACAUGCUAUGAAUAUGGAAAACAAGGCCACAUCAAACCGGAAUGUCCCAAACUCGCAAAGAAUCGUGACAAUAAAGGAAAGAAGGAUUACAAUAAGAAGCCCUACAUUGCUUGGGAUGACAAUGAAAUAAGUUCUUCAUCGGAUUCCGAUAGUGAUCAAAGCGCAAAUCUAGCAUUUAUGGCAUCACAUCAUUCCGACGAUGAAGGCGAUGAGGUUAGUAGUAACUUUUCAAUUUUUGAUAAUGAUGCUGAAGGAGAAAUUGAUGAACUUUUAAGUGAAUGCAAAAUUCUAUACAAAACCAUUUCAUCUCAAAAGAAUCAAAUAUCAACUUUGGAAGAAAAUAUUGAGAAAAUGAAAAAUAGUCUCAAAGAUGAAAAGGAAGAAUUAAUCAAGAAUUUUGCAUGCACUAAAUGUGAUUCACUUGCUUUUCAAAUAGUUCAAUUGAAGAGAGUUAUUGAAAGAUAUGAAAAAGGUCAAAUCGGAUUGGAACAUGUUCUUAGUAGUCAAAGAUACUCAAAUGAUAAAAGUGAUUUAGGUUAUUCAAAUUUUGCUAAACAAACUUCUAACCAGACCAUUUUUGUAAAAGCUAAAGAACAAAUUCCUUUAGAUAAAAGUAACAAGCCUAAAGUGGUUCAUCAAUAUAAUAAUAGGAAAAGGAAAAAAUCUUAUUAUAAAAGGAAAUCUUAUCCCCCUAGAUAUAAAAGCAACUUUGAGCCUACAUGUUUCUAUUGUGGUAUUAAAGGUCAUACUCCUAAUGCAUGUUAUGUUAGAAACUUUAGUGUUGCUCAAGGCCAUUAUGUAUGGGUUAAGAAAGGAACUAACUUUGAAGGACCCAAAGCAGUUUGGGUACCUAAUAAAACUUAA